AUGCGGACACCAAUCAAGUUUGCCCUCUUUGCGAUUCCAAAGCGAUUACCGCCAGCAGUUCCAGCAACGUGCGUGCCUGUGAAAUCGUCGUAUCCAUCAGAACCAAGCUAUCCGAGGGAGAACGGCGGGAAAGGGAGUCGUACCGUGACCAUAGACCUAUUCCCGAAAGAAG